AGAAAGGUAAUUGAUGAAGCAGCUGAAGAUGAGUACCCAUGGAAUUACAGGAAGGAUAUUAGAAUAGGUGGAGUAUUGGCUGAUAGGCAGAAAGCAAAGCGUGGGAAUAAAGAGAUCCUGUUCUGGUUGGCUGUCAGUUACUAGUGGUGUUCUGCAGGGCUCGGUGUUGGGGCCGCUUCUUUUUACACUGUAUAUCGAUGAUUUAGAUUAUGGAGUAAAUGGUUUUGUGGCUAAGUUUGCAGAUGACACCAAGAUAGGUGGAGGAGCAGGAAAUGUUGAAGAAACAGUGUUACGGACUCAGUGAAAGUCCCUUUAAGAUAGAGAGUGUGUGUGUAUGUGUGUGUGGGGCGUGCUUACGUCAAUAGAAGAUAAAGGACGUAAUGACGUUGUUGAAGAAGUUAGAAGAAGAAAGAGAGAGAGAGAAGGGAGAGAGACACCAGCCUGCUUGUUUUCUCUAUCGAUGGAUGAGAAACAAUAACUGUGUUUGCCACUGAAAUCCAUGUAUGGAAGUUGGAAGUAAUCCGGUGGAGUUCACUUUGUUGCUGACCUGUAGAAGGAAACAGGUAUUUGUAUGUGGACGACCACGGUUCGGAUGCUUUUCGGGGUGAGGAAGUCACUACCGAGUAAACACUGAAGUGUCGUUUGGGUUCCAUCGUGGAACAUUUGGAUUUCGUAUGUACUCUCUCUAUGUUUUUCUACAUCUACAUCUUAUCUUCAGACAACGGUGGUUGUUGAAGAAGCCCUUGCUCAUAUUUCACCUUAUGGCUUGCGGAACUGAACUUUAAGAACCAUUCCGGAACUGGGAGUUUUGGACUUUGUCACACACACACACAAAGAGUUUAGUUUUGGGGUUAACGUUCGAGGUUUAACAUUCUUGAAUUCUAACAUACUAACAUUUUUUUUUACUUUUAUUUUACGUAUUACCAUAAGUAGUGAUUAAUAAAAUAGUUUUUAACACUGAAUCAUGCUCAGUGUGUUUCUUUUGUUGCUGGUUUGUGACAAAAUUGGGGGCUCGUCCGGGAUAGUUCCCAAGGUUAACGAGAUUCGUCCGGGAUCCAACCCAAAGGUUAACGAGUGUCGUCUGGGAUCAUUCCCCAGAUUGACGAGAUUUGUUCGAGAUUCAAUCCAAAGAUUUUUGAGGGAGGUCUGAUAAAUUCUUUUUUAAUUGGCUUGUGUGUGUGGAAACCAGCAGCAAUGGAUAUUAAGGCAUUUUUGGAGUCACCAACCCAAAAGGGAUUGGAGGUGGCGAAAAAGGAUGAUUUGAUAAAGAUUGCUACAAGGCUAAACCUUACAGAAGUAAAGCAGUCUAUGAGAAAGGCAGAUAUUCAGAGACUGAUAGCUGGCCAUUAUGUGGAAAAGAAGGUGUUUGAGAAGGAAGUGUUAAAACAGUUUCCUGGCAGUGAAAUAGCAAUUUCUGAGGCACAGGUGCAGCUGGCAAAGAUAGAGGCUGAACGAGAGCAAACCCAGUUAAAGAUAGAAGCUGAACGAGAACAAACCCAGUUAAAGAUAGAAGCUGAACGAGAACAAAAGAGAUUAGAGGCCGAACGAGAGCAAACCCAGUUAAAGAUAGAGGCCGAGCGAGAGAAAUUAGAGGCCGAACAAAAGAAAUUAGAGGCCGAACAAAAGAUAACUCAGAUGAAGAUAGAGGCUGAUCUAGCAAUGAAGCAGAUGGAGCUGGAUAAAGAAGGAGAAACAGAGGCAGCAUGAGUUACAAAUGAAGCGUAGGAGUUUGGAAUCUGAUUCUGAUGAUGGUUUUUCAGCCAGCAGGGAGGUUCGAUUAGUCCCUCCGUUUGAAGAAGAUCAGGUUGAUCAGUAUUUCCAACAUUUUGAAAAGGUUGCUGUGAGUUCAAACUGGCCAAGGAAAGGAUGGGCUCUUAUGGUACAGAGUGUGAUUAAAGGCAUGGAGUGCUUUGUUUUCUGAGGAGCCGCAAAAAGAAAGGAGUAUUGCACAGGCAUCGGCAAACAUACCCACUUCUGAUUUUACAAUGUAAAGAAGAUCGCUAGGACAAGGACACUGCCA